AUGAAGAGGACGAGGAGGAUUCCGAAAAAGGGAGGGCGCGGGCCGGCCCGGGAUAAUUUAUUCGAAUAUUUUAUCCUUUCGACUGCGACCUCCGAGAUUAGAAUUUUAUUGGUUGGCGCAAGCUUAAAGUUUGCGUUAAAGGGAGGUUCUGGUAAGACGGCCUUGCGAAGAGCAGUUGUGCCUGAGGGCAGGGAGCUGUUAUCCGGCUAUCUUCUGUACGACUACUCCUCUAGCGCAAGUUCAAAAUCUGCGUUAAAGGGAGGUUUUGUUGAGAUGGCUAUGCGAAGAGUAGUUGCGCCUGAGGGUAGGGAAGAAGCUAUAUUGUUGGAGGUCUUUGUUUCUGCCGUACGGUCGAGCCUUGUAUUUCCGAGUUUGAGAAGAGUAAAAAGUAUUUGCGAGUAG